AUGUCGUCGGGUCUUCGAAUUUCCCAACCACAACAAAACCCAUCAAUUGCGUCUACAUCAAAACAGCAACAACAACAGCAGCAACAAGAUUCCGGUGAUGAGGACAAGGGAGGUUUCAAUAGUGAGGAUGAAUGUCAGGGACCUUCAAGUUCAAAUCAGAUAGAGAAGGAAAAGGAAUUUGAGAUGAUGUUGAAGGAGAAGAGAGGUUACAUCAUCAAGAGGAUGGGAGAAGAUGGUGCUUGCUUGUUUAGAGCAGUUGCUGAUCAGGUGUAUGGAGACCAAGAGAUGCAUUCAAUCGUCAGACAAAACUGUGUUGAUUACAUGGCGAAGAAUGGGGAUUUCUUCAAACAGUUUGUGACAGAAGAUUUCACGAGUUAUCUGAACAGGAAGAGGUUGGACAGUUGCCAUGGGAACAACAUUGAGAUGCAGGCACUUUGUGAGUUGUACAACAGACCAAUUGAGGUCUACCAAAUGAGUCUCGAACCAAUCAACACCUUCCAUGCUACUUACGAGACGGACAACGAACCAAUCCGCCUGAGUUACCAUAACAAUGUCCAUUACAACUCCGUGGUGGACCCUUACAAGGCCACCAUCGGGGUGGGGCUGGGCCUGCCUGGCUUCCAACCUGGGCUGGCCGAUAAGAAUCUGGUUAGAGAUGCGGUGAGACAAUCUGAAGACUGCCACAUUGAGCAGACAAUGUUAGAGGACAAAUUAAGAGAGACAGACUGGGAACUGACUCAGGAGACCAUAGAAGAACAGGUGGCCAGGGAAUCCUACUUGCAGUACAUCAAGGACCAAAACCUGUUUGCAAGUGCCAAGGCAUCUCCUCGGGCGACAUGUAGCUCCACCAACGACCCCACGAACCUGCAGCAGCCACAAAAACAUCAGCAACAACACCUGCACAUGUGGUGGGAGAACAACAGUGCAGCCAGUAACAGUCCGACUUCCAUUCUAGAUACCCCCAAGAGAUUCUUGAAAAAGUCCAGUGAACAUGGGGACUCUCCUAAAAGAGAAGACAGUCAAUCGCCGAAAUCACCAUUGUACCAAUGUUCUUCAUCAUCGACCCAGCAGAAUGCAGCUGCCACAAAGAACAGCGGCAACAGCCACAACGACGAUGGUGUCGGCGCUGUUGGUGGCGUCUUCGACGAGACUGCAUCUCUAAUGAACGAACUACCGCCACAGCUGUUUGGAUUAUCGGAAUGGGAUGAAGAAGAUACGAUGCUGGCAAGGGUCAUAGCCGAGUCCCAGCAGCAGUACCUGAAUGAUUUAAAGAUGGCUGCCGAGGCCUCCGGUCACCUAAUCAGGCAUCAUCAUCUUCAUCCGUCUUAUCGUCUUCAUCCUCAUCAACAUCGUCGUCAUCAUCUUCACUUUCAUCAUCACCCACUAAUAAAGGUAAAAGUCCUUUGA